CAUAAACGCUAACAGUCGAGUCUCGUUCUUCGGAGCGCAGCAAUCGGCGGUUAACUGGUUCGAUAUCGCUCGCAGCGCGUACAAAGAAAUGGCGACAUUGACAUUGCUCCUCGGGGCUCUCGUUCUACUCGCGAUCUACGUGGUCAAGGCGUUCACCUUCUGGCAGCGACGCAGGAUCCCGAUUCCGGAAAGAUGCUGGCCAUUUCUGGACCACAUGGGGCCGGUGUACAUGGUCGCGAAAAGCAUGAUAGACCACUUCGAGGAUCUGUACAACGCGUGCAAUAAACACAGCAUGUUCGGCCUGUACAACGGAUUCGCGCCCGCGUUGGUGGUGCGCGAGCCGCAGCUGAUAAAAACAGUCUUGCAAAGCAGCUUCGCGAACUUCCACAAGAAUAGUUUCCAAGUGUCGCCGAAGGAAGAUCCUCUGUUAGCCAUGAAUCCGUUCUUCUCCGUCGGCGAAGCGUGGCAGCACGGAAGGAAACGAUUCACCAACGCGUUCUCCAACGCCCGCCUGAAAUACCUGUACGCCGCCGUGGCCGAGGUGUGCAAGAAGCAACAAGCGUUCUUGGAGAAGCAGCUGAAGUCGCGGGACAAGUACGAGGUCGAGCUGAAACACUUCUUCGGACGGUUCACAGCCGAGUCCGUGGCGAACGCCGGCUUGGGCAUCGAAGGGUACAGCUACGAGGACAACCCACCGCCGAACGCGUUCCACUCUAUCGGACUGGGGAUCUUCGAUCCGAGCUUCUUCAAAGCGUUCGUGAACAACCUGUUCAUCUACAAACCGUGCGUGGCCAGAUUUUUCAGGAUCAAGUUCGUGGAGCAGAAAGUGGACGCGUUCUUCAGACGUAUCGUGCGGGAGAACUUGGAGUUCAGGCGCAACGAUUCGACGUCCAAGCAGGACUUCUUCCAGCUGAUGAUCGACAUGGAGAAAUCCGAGGGCGAGAUGAACGAGGAGAGGAUCGUCGCUCACGCGCUCUCCCUUUUCAUCGAUGGUUUCGAGACUACCAGGUUGACGCUGACCUUCGUCUGCUACCAUUUGGCCAAGUAUCCCGAGAUUCAGGAGAAGCUGCGGAACGAGAUUCGGACGACGAUCGCCGAACACGACGGCGUCCUAACGUUCGAAGCGCUGAAGGAUUUGAAGUACAUGGACCGAGUGAUCAACGAAUCGCAACGACGGCAUUCGGCCGUGAUAUUCUUGAAGAAGGUAUGCACCAACGAGUGCGAACUGGUCGGUUCGGACGGACUGCGCGUCCGCCUGGAACCUGGCAUGGACGUGUACGUACCGGUUGCCCCGAUCCACCAUGAUGCCGAAUAUUGGAGCAAUCCGGAAGUGUUUGAUCCGGACCGGUUCAGCGAGGAGAGGAAGCAAGACAUACAGAAGAUGAGCUUCCUUCCGUUUGGCGAAGGCCCACGCAUGUGCGUCGGAAUGAAGAUGGCAACGUUGAUGAUGAAAUCCUGCUUGGCUGCUUUCUUGAACAAUUAUGAGAUUAAAUUGUCGCCGAAGACCGCGCUACCGUUGAAGUGGUCCAAAUAUUAUUUCUUGCCCGAGCCCGUUACCGGCAUUUGGGUAACCGUUUCGAAACUGUGAAGCAUUCGAUAGCUCUGUUUCUUAUUCGUGUUCCGAUAUUUUAGGUGUAGCUGACGGAUUUAUAAGCAAGGAUUUCCAAUUAAAAAAUCUUGACUUUAUUAUUACA